UCCGGCGUUUGUUUGCGUUCGCACGUGUUUCGGAGCGGUCGUGUUGGUUUGCUAGUUUCAGACGGAAAAGAUUCGGUACCCGUUUCGAAAUCGUUCUGCUGCACUGUGUGGUUGGACCCUACCGUGUAUUCGGAGUUAAUUAGAUUGUGGUUGAACAUUACCAUUUGCGGAACUGGGAGAAAAAUUAGCCGUGAGAAUUUUUCGGCUUCCGGCAACAGUUUUGUUUGAACCUGUGACCAGAAUGAAGAAAAAAACCACGUAAUGCAAAUCAGAAUGAUUAAAAAACAGUGAGCAGUGAAUACGGAUAUACAUGAAGGAAAAGUGUAACGGAAGGACGGAUAUGAUUUACGGAGGCAAUAUCUUCUCGAUCAUCGCACUGCGAAAAAAAUAUGAAAAAAAUUGAAAUUCCACAGCUCCUACAGCUGCAAUGAGACUUCGACAUAACACUUCCAAAGCUCCGCCGGCCAAUAAAAAAAUUACAAGCUCAACAAUGUUCUUAAAAUCGCCAGAGCUGACGGGUGUCGUUCGAGGGUAUCUGACUCAAAUAUACUGUUUGUGCUAAGCCAACGGAACUUGGCAGUAAGUGUGUGAAAACAAAAACAAAUCCAACGAAAGAAACCAGACAGUCAUGAAUCGUGCAAAAGAAAAGAACUGCCGGUGCUGAUGUGUGAUAAGCAAGUUCGCUUCGAAUUGGCAGCUACGACGGACACUUUCUCGCCUCAAUCACGCAGGUUCAGUGACCCAAAGGGAAUCAAAUAAUUAAGCAAAACUAACUCGAUAAUCACAGCGACAGCGGCGGCAAAACCUGUCUAGAUGAACCGAUGAUGCUGGUUAGCAAAAACGAUGUACCCUCUACAGCCAAACUAGUCGCACUUUCACUCCACAUCCACUUACAGUGCAAAAUUUGGAGGUUCGUCGCUUAUUAGGCAGCGUGACCUUUCCUGCCAAAAGCAUCCGUAGCCGCGAGUGAAAUAGAAGCAAGUCAAGUGAAUCCAGUGGAAAAUUGAGACAAAGAAAGUAUUUUGAAAAGUUGAGUGUAAAAUGUGCCCUAGGAGAAUAAACUAAACUAAAAACACACACCAGUCGUUGAGCAUUUGAAAUUUGUGAUUAGCAUUAUUUUUUUAAUAUAACUCUAGUGAAAAUGAUUAUUACCGAAGCAAACUGCCGCCUUCUCGCCAUUAGUAUAGUACUAUGCGCCGCAAUUCUUCUAGGAGAAUGCAUACAAAUCGACAAUCGACUCGUCCAGCCACAGCAUGAUUGCUUCGAGCGGAUAGCGCUAGGUGCGAUGUUACCAUUUGAGAAAACGUUUCGAAACUCAGACACAAACUCGUUGAAAAUCUGCGAAACGCUUUGCCUCAACGACAAGGAAUGUCAGACAUUCGCCUUUGGCAUAUCUGGACGAGGAAACGGGACCUGCCAGCUGUCGGCGAACGUGAUCGACGCUACCAACUCACGCCCCGUCGGCACCGUAUUUGAUCCAGAUUUCGACCUGUACGCCAGGAAGUACAACUGUUUUUUAGACUCUAGCGGGCCGUCGAAUCCUCCUCCACGGCCAGGGGGGCUAACCAACUUCCCCGCGAAUGAAGUGCCGCCAGGGGGAACUCAAAGGCCAUCAUCUGCUUUCCCUCCACCGGGAGCUCCUGAGCGGCCAGGUGCACCGGUAUUUACACCCACCGGUACUACGGCUACCGGAGCACCAAUAUCGACUACCAACAAUGGGUUUUCCGAGGUCCGGCCUACAAGUGAAUAUCCAGGAACUUUUUCUACCAACCCAGGGUCGACCUUCAACCAAGGUACCGGCGAAACGUUUCCGGAGACGACCGCACCUGGGGAAGAAUAUUAUUCCACGAAGGAGCAACCUUCGUCCACAUUGGCCGGUCACUAUACUCCAACAAAUAAUGGAGCCUCAGGUCCUCCUAGUAGCACCGGAUCAGAUCGAGUACCUCCCAAACCAACACAACCAGACGAAAGCGCUAUGAAAUACCCAAGCGAUUUCAGACCACAAUAUCCGGGUGGUUCAGGCCCAUCGCGACCUGGAAAUUAUCCGUACAACUUUCCAAUGCUUUAUGAAACGAAUUAUCCACUGCCAAACAAAAUUGAACCUUUUCCGGGAGUGUACGCUCCAAACAUACCAUCUGUGGAUAACAAUUAUCUGCGACCAGAAUACGCUGGAUAUUUUGGAAGACCAUCCGGACCGACGGGUCCGACCGGCGUCAUGAAGCCAGUGGAUAAUAGUGCCUCUGGCUACGAAGGCAGUGGACCUCAACCUCCAGUUGAACAUAAAAAUCCCGGCUACGGAUCAUCCCAUCGGCCAUCGAGCGCAGGAUCUGCGUCCGGGCCGUCAGGAUAUGGUAAACCGCGGCCACCCUCAGGUGCUCCAAGUGGGCCUACCGGUGGUAAUGGAUACCAAGUUACGGAAGAGAAACAUGAUCUUCAUCCUACAAGAUUAAGACCAUGCUACCGACGAGUGCUAGCUGGAAAGCGCGUUGCUCCACAGUGGUUCCGGAGGACACUGAUUUGCGAACGAGUUGAAGAUUGCCAACGCGAAUGCGGUGAUGAGCGACGGUUUCCCUGUGAAGGCUUCAACUAUCGACUGGACCCAACAGGGCGAGGGCAAGGCGAUUGCGAACUUAUCGAUCAACCCCUGUCUCAGAUUGACCUGUACUCCAGCCCUCACCAGCGAGACUCCAAUUUAAUUCGUGACCCAGACUACGAUUAUUACGAGCGGGAUCGUAGCGCGUCACCUUUGUGCCGUACAAAUUACGGUUGCAAGGAUUGUGGGCUGAAACCAUACCGGCCACCUUUUGAUUUUAUUCGGCCAACGACUUACCGUCCACAUGCCGAAGGCUACAAACCAUUUCACCCGGAACGAAUACCAUACGAGGAAAUACACUACAAACCAAUGACCUCUGUAAGCAAAUACCGACCUCCAUUAUAUGAUCGUGAGUUCGAUAGGUAUGGCUCUAACUUCUAUCCAUCAGCGCCCCUUCCUCCUAGUGACGCAUUUACACCGUCACUUCCUUAUAAACCACAAUAUUCCAGUGAGAUCGAUAGGUACGGAUCAGCAGAUCAAGAUCGUUACAAACCGCCUCAUCAGGGUAUCUACGGAACCGGUAGUUAUGAUCGUUACGACUACUAUCGACCAUCAAUGCCGUAUGGACCAAUGCCCGAGGAUCACCGGCCAGCUCCUCAUCGACCUCGGAAUCCGUACGAAGAUCAAGAACCAUCACGACCACCAACUUCCCCUGCUCACUACCCAGCUCAAAGUGAGAAACCUAACGGCUUCAUUCCAUACUUGAUUGGACAGGACGCCCACAAGAACUGGGGAGUGUAUGGUGGAUCAUACGGGCAUAGUGGCACGGACUCCUACAAAUCUGUUUCCGACUACUGGGGCUUGAGAAACGAAAUCAAACGAUACGACGGUCCAUCAUUCAACUACUUUGAACUAAGAAGCGAUCAUCAUCUAGAUGACAACAGCAUCUACAGCUAUGGAGGACGGAGGUACGGUUUUGAUGAUCCGAACGCGUUAAGCAUUCCGGAUCACCGUCCCGAUCGAAACCAUUUCGGUCAGCAGUGGAGCAGAAGACCCGGCUUGGAGGAAUGUUCAGUUAAAUCGAGUGAAGGAUUCCGACUGCAUAAAGGUGUUGUGAAGUACGCUUUGAAUACACCAACCGUCAUCGAGUGCGAAAGAAUGUGUUUCUCGGAGUCACGUUUCCGGUGCUUGACCUACAGCUACCGGUACUCAACGGUUUCGCGGGAAAAUUGUUUGCUUUGCGAUCGACCAUACAAUCUGCUGGACUUCUAUGCCGAUUUAGAACCAGACCGGGACUAUGACAUUUAUUCAAUGACCGACGAUCUCAAGGCUUGCCAGUCGGAAUCUCAUCCACCGGUUCGGGACUUCAGUGCUCAAUGCUUUAUUCGGACAAUGGAUUCAUCGCGGUUCUAUAAGGCGAUCAUUCGCGACUCGCUGAUAGUUCGAUCGGUUGGGGAGUGUGAACUGGAGUGCAUUAAAUCAGUGAAGUUCACCUGUAGAGCGUUUACGUAUAGUUUCGGCCCUCACACAAUCAACUCCGUGAUCGAUAACUGUCUACUGUCGGACUGGCCGGUCAGAGAUAUGGACAGGGAUCGUCACUUGGUAUUUGACGAAGGGUUUGAUGUCUUCGAGCGUGCCAGCUACGGACAGGGCUGCGAGAUUCAACCGAUUAUCGAUGAUAAACACCAAAAGAAAUUCUGCUAUCUCGGGUAUGGGUCACCUGCUAAGUUACUCUCGUCAGCAAUUAAAAAGGUGAUUUCUGUGAACACCGAACUGGACUGUAAGAACGAAUGCAUUCGUUUGAGGGAAACUACACCAUUCAAGUGUCUUUCAUUCAGCUUUGGGUCACAAGCAUCAACUUACAACUGUGAAAUGUCAGAUCUAGAUCAAAGUGAAUUGAAAAUGGGUGUUCACUACGCGCACACCAACAAUCGCGACUACUGGCUUUUUGCGUGGAAUCCAUUCGAUUACACGUGCCGCGAUAAAAUUAUAACCAUCAGCAGUGGCAGCAGCGGUGGAAAUCGCGAGAACCACGACCGUCGGAUGGAUAUAUUCCGAGAACCGGGUGAUGGAGCUUGGCGCCAGUACACCGUGUCGGGGAAACCCUGCCGCUCUGGUACCAAGUGCGAGCGCAACAAGGUCACAGGGUUUUACUCGUGCGAAAUAGAUGGUGGUGAGGUUGGUGCGUGGGACUAUUGCUGUAAAACCGAUCACCCUUGUGGCUACUCGCAAGGGUUCGAAUACCCAUGGUGCUUCGUGGGCGAUGCUCCCGACCAGUGGCGAAAGUGCAGCGAUAAAUACUUUCCCCCGAAACACCACCAGCAGCAGCAGCACCCCAAUGGGCUCUCCGAUGGUACGCGUUAUCAAGACAAGAAUAAAAAGGGUGAAAUCUAUCAGCCACCACCAAAACCCGGUGGACUAAGACACACGGAUGAUGUUACGGCACCCGCCGAACUUUGGCCGGUCACUUUCCUGUACGACAAGGGACCCCCGAUGAUGACGGGCAACAAGAAACCGUUGGCGUCGAAUGCAACCGAACUCAGCAGUAACGUGAUCGACUGUAAAAAGGACAAGUGCUAGUGAUAAUCGAUGAAACCGUGGAACACAACAAAUGCUAUCAUACCGAUGGUGUUAAAUCAAGGAUUACCAUUGAAUUAUUCUUGUAGCAGUAGUAGCAUUUAAAAGACAUGAGAGCAAUCCAUGGAGUACAUGAAAAUACUGCCAAAUUCUAUUCUUUCUGAAUUAAUGUUUUAUUAUACUAGCGUUAGAAAAAAAAACCAUUGCAAGCUCUUGCCACUUUCUUUAAUCAUAGCUCAUUGUCAAUGAUUUUGUCUUUGAAAGUUAAAGACUUGAAGAGAGUUGGCAACAAAAUUCAUCAAAUCACGAUCUAUUUAUUUUUAAGCUAACCGUAAAAUAUAAUUUUAAUUUUAACGUAGCUUUAGCGAUAUCGAAUAAAAAUUUGAAUUUAUCUCUAUUGAAAA